AUGUUGCUCAAAGUGUUGAUCUUGUUGCUGGCAUUCAGCUUAACAAAGUCGGAUAAUGGGCGCAUUGUUGGAGGCGCGGAUGUGUCGAUUGAGCAAGCGCCUUGGCAGGUGUCCGUGCAAAAGUAUUACGCCCAUCAUUGCGGUGGUGUCAUCUACACUAAAUACUUGAUUAUAACUGCAGCACAUUGUGUGGAGAACACCCAAGCUCAUGUGCUAAAGGUACGCGCUGGCUCCGAGCUGCAUAACCGAGGCGGCCAAUUGGUGGCAGUGCUGCGCAUUUUGUCGCAUUCUGAAGCUGACGUGGCACUGCUGCUGCUCCAUGCGCCACUGCGUCGAUCCGAGCGCGUGCAAACUAUUUCGCUGGCAAAGCAGACUCCGCCGCCGGCUGCUCCAGUGCAGGCGUAUGGCUGGGGACAAACUGAGCGUGAGUACAGCUCCAUGAGACUGCAGCGCGUCGCUUUGCAAAUUGUGAGCCAUAAGGAUUGUGAGCUUGCCUACCAGCAAACCCAAAUUACCGAGACAAUGCUUUGUGCAGCAGCAGCUGGCAAGGAUGCCUGCCAAGGUGAUUCGGGUGGCCCAUUGGUUAGCGCUGGCAAACUGGUGGGCAUUGUGUCCUUUGGCUACAAAUGUUCACAUCCCUAUUAUCCUGGCGUCUAUGUGGAUGUAGCUAAGCUGCGCAGCUGGUUUCAGCAGGUGGACUAUACAGUAAGCCAGGACUCAUCCGAGCCUUUUGAGUCCGAUGGCGAUUAA